AUUUUUAUCGAACCCACUCUCAUUUGUCAACUGCCAUCUCGAACAAACUUUUUUUUAAUUCUUUUAUGAAAAUCGGUGUGCAAAUUGAGAUUUAAAUAGAAGCCGAACCGAUACGUGGGAAUAAUGGUUAAUGACUCGGGUCUUUCGACUGUUGAUGACUUGGAGAAAAAGCUGAACACGGCCAAGCAGUCCCUGGUUACCCUCAAUGAGAAUAUCCGCCGCAUAUCUGGCCGCGUCCAUGUUCACACGAAGGAUGCCCCCCAUGCCCAGCAAAGGACGGAUAAGUUCAAAUACAACCAGGAUGGGAAGAAGAACAACAGUGACAGCAACGGCGGCGACAACAGGCAGUUCAUGCGGAACGGUCCCGGGAACGGCCCCUUCAACAACAAGCGCCGCAUCUACGACUCCAAGUCUGCGACUCCCCGGUUUCCCAUCGAGGAGAACGACGGUCGUCCGCCAAGGAUAAACUCUCGGGUCAUUCGGGAACUUCCAUCCAAAAAGGAGGUAGUCGAGGCGCAGGGAACAGAUUCCGAGUCGCGGGCACGAAAUCGCCGCAUGUUCGGGUCGCUGCUGGGCACAUUGCAGAAGUUCUGCCAGGAGGAGUCGCGUCUGAAGAGCAAGGAGGACAAGAAGGCCGAGAUAGAGAAGAAAGUGGAGAAGCAGGAACUGCAGGAAAGAGCGCAGCUCAGGAAGGAGCGCGAGUCGCUGUUCUUGAAUAGAAAACAGAAGCAAUUCGAGAUCCGGAGAUUGGAAUACAAAAUGGCCCGGCUGAAGGACUUCAAGAGCUGGGAAGCAACCAUGAUAUAUUCCAAAAAUAAUAUAAGAACCAUAACUAAGCCCCAUCUCUUCUAUCGGCCAAAAGCGCACUCUGCGAUAACGGAGAAAUUGAUGAGUAAAAGCAAAAGUGAUGCCGACAUCUUCAUAGAGUGCCGGCGCGAAGAACUGGAGGCCGAGCUCAGGAACUUGGAAAGCAUGAGCUUUAUGAAGAUGGAAAGCGGGGAUAGCAGCAUGAUGGACCACAGCUUCUACGAUGAACCCGACGAUGAUGAUGAGCUGUUGGGAAGUGGGCCCAAUCGAUAAGUGUAAGUAAGCCUAAGUCAACCUAAACGAGGUCAAAAGAACGACUUGGUGUGGUCACAAGUGGAGUUAAGUGGUGCCUUUGAUUAAUUUCACGACCCAUCACGUUUCAGCAAUUAGUUUGGUUUUCAAAAAGUUUCUCCCAAAUUUAGAUAAUUGUAAGAAACGCUUGGAUUUAUAGUAAACACUUCAAUUAGCCGAGUAUCAUUCGUAUUAAUGGGUGAAUCUUUUUACAUGGGAUUUGCCCUAUAGAAUCUUUCAUAACAAACAGAUUACAGACACUUCUAGUUAACACUUUUAUAUGUUAAUUUAAUGUAAUCAUUCAUCUUGUUUAAAUUAAAGUCAACAUAAUCGCUUAUGUUUCAAUAUCCCAUAUUAUGUUUUCAUUACAGCUUUAUUGUGUGAAGUUCGUAAAAAAACAAUGAUGCUAUUAUAGGAAUAAAAGAUUUAAACAAAUUGGAAUUCAUAAAAUAAA